AUGAUAACGCCAUUUUUUACCAUCAACCAAGAUGAGGAGUUCAUCUACAUUGAUGUCAAAAUCUCACACGUACGGUUCAGUGCACGCAGCAUUGAGAUGAUUGUAGAAAAUGAACUAUUCAUUUUUUCACUUCCACCGUAUUAUCUUCGUAUCAGACUACCAUUUCCAUGUGUUGAUGAUGAGCGGUCGCACGCUGAAUUUGAUUCCAAGACUGAAUGCGUCAAGAUCAAAAUCCCAAAGGAGACUAUAGGCCAAUUUUUCCCUGAUUUGGAUUUGACUGCUAAAUUAUUAGCAAGAACGAGUGAAGCAGGCACUGUUCAGCUGCAACUGCAACUGCAACUGCAACUGCAACGACCUUCAGAUGAGGUCAAAAUUAUGAAAAUGAAUAAACCAUUGAUUGAAGAAUUGGAUGUUAAUAAUGAUAUUUCGAAUGAUCAGGCAGAGAAGGAUUUGCAAGAAGGCGAGCAUUUCAACUGGGAAGUAGAACAAAGCGUACCUACAGCACCAACUUUAGAGAUUGGUGGUGAUGGAGUGGCAGGAGAAGUAUUAAAUUUUCAAGAAAGCGAAGGUCUUAAAUACGGCUUCAACAAUCAAUACGAUGGUAUUGUUGGUGUGAGUGUAUCCAAUGGCAAUGACAUCAAUGGUCUUGGAAAUCCAGAAGCCACACAUGCUACAGACAGAGUUAUUGAAAGGUUAAUCAAAGAAAAUAUACAGUUUGAUCCGGAAAUAUAUGCGGCCGAUUAUAUAAUGGAGAAAUACCCUUCGACAGAUGACGACAAAAGCUUUAAGGAAUUGAUUGAGUGGAAAAAUCCACAAAUACAAAAAUUUCUCAAAUGGUAUAAAUCACAACAAUUGCUGCUGCUGUUGCUGCUGCUGCAGCUGCUGCUGGAACACAAGAAAGAGAACAGUACAGAAAACAUUAUGCCAGUAGAGUUUAAUGAAGAAGAACAGAAGCAAAUGAUGAAUUUACCACGCAAAACGUACUUGCUUGAAGAAGAACAAAAAAGAGAAUCUCUUAUUGCUAUUGUAUGUCUCUUGUUUGCGUAUCAAUUCGAUAUGCGAGAGACCGAAGGAGAGCAUAAUAUUGAAAGCGCCUGGACUAUCGGAAAAAUUGCUCCACAGUUUUCCUUUUUAGAUGCAAAGUUAGUAGUCAAUGACACUAACCAAUUGAAAGCUGGGGUUAUUGUUUGUACAAGAAGAGCAUUGACAUUUCCAUACCAUAGAAGCUUUGGUUUAUGUAAGAAAGUCUGGAGUGAUGUUUACUUGAACCUACGUGGAGGCAAAAGGUUAGUGCUCAAGUCUCUUUUGGAUUUGAAAGAGCUUUUCAGAUUUCAUGAUAUAUACUACGUUUAUGAUAAAAUAUGGAUGGAGGACUUGUGUGCAUAUUUGGUGAGUGACAAUGUGAGUGAGGCUACCAUUAGAAAUCUUGCUCAUGAUUUAAAAAAUGUCGUAGACUCGACAAAUGAGUCUGAUAUCACAUUUGAAAAGAGUGCAGAGGGAGAGUCUCAAAGCAUGGAAGAAGAUGGAAAUGAGAUCGAAGGUGAGGGCGAAAUGGUGGUCUUGACAUUGAAAGAAAUCCAAGAGAUGGCAGAAUCUCUGUAUCAAGAGUAUAGGCAAACCAAUGGGUAA